AUACCAGCUGACAGCAUUGUUGUUGUUGCAGUUCUGGUUUUGGUAGAGAUUUGAUUGUAUGAGCGAGUGGAAAGAAUCGUUCCCUUCUGCCGCAGAAGGGCGGCGGAGAGGUUUCUAAAGUGAUUCUACCGGGUUUAUGAAAAUACUGUAUAUAAAGUUAUUUACAUUUAGACGUUUUCACAUUUACACACGAAAAAGAAGGGACAAAAACGUUUGGGAGGACAAUUUAAAAUUAACCUGUAGUGUACAUAUCAGUUAUACUAAAGUUAAAAAUUUAAAAAAACUGAAGACGCUUGAGAAGCACCGAAAAAGAGGAACCUGGUUUAAGCUGCUGAGAAAGCCAGGGCUCCAGCCAGAACUGUCACAAUGGGAGCAGAGCAAAGUGCUGAUUCUGACCACAAGCAUUCAGAACUAAACUCCGCAGUGAUGCCUUCUCCAGCCAAGCACAAAGCCAAAAUGGAUGACAUCGUUGUGGUAGCACCAGGAACGCAGUCCCUACGGAAUAUUCACAACGACCCAGAUGUCAUCAAGCUGCAGGAAAUACCAACCUUCCAGCCUCUCUUGAAAGGGGUCCUGAGUGGGCAGACAUCCCCAAGCAGCAGCAGGUUGGAGAAGCUGGACUGCGUGCAGGUGCUGCAGCUGUGUCUGAGGUACCAGGACCACCUGCACCAGUGUGCCGAGGCCGUGGCCUUUGACCAGAAUGCCCUCGUCAAAAGAAUCAAGGAGAUGGACCUGUCGGUGGAGGCCCUGUUCAGCAUCAUGCAGGAGCGGCAGAAGCGCUACGCCAAGUACGCCGAGCAGAUCCAGAAGGUGAACGAGAUGUCUGUCAUCCUGCGGCGCAUCCAGAUGGGCAUCGACCAGACCGUCCCCCUGAUGGAGAAGCUCAACAGCCUGCUGCCCGAGAGCGAGCGGCUCGAGCCUUUCACCAUGAAGCCCGACAGGGAAGCCAAGUAGGAAACCACUGUCUCAGCGGUGGUAUGGAGCUGGACUCACGAGGGUGCGUGUGGUUAAAAAGCAUAGCUGUGCUCGGAGGCUUUCUGGCCCCAGAACUGACAUUCUGUGAGUAAUUGCCAUCAAGUCGUAUUAGACUUCAGUUUUACAUUUUGUGCUGGGGAAUAGUUCUCCCACAAACUAAACAAAAACUAAGGGUCAGCUUUCAUGUUCCAUGCUUUGCUUCUUUAAUGCAAUGAUAGGUCAGAAUUUACUUUUUGUACUCCCGACUGUUGAAAGCAGUAUGGUUAAUAGUUACACUUUGGCACAGUAUACUUGAAUGUGUGGGGUCCUACCUUGUUCAUUUCUGUCUCAGUAUAUUGUUAGUUUCUAUACAACAAGCAGGUGGACUGUCAUUAGUGGAUAUGUGCAUAAUUAAAUGGCUUAUGCACAACCACAAACGUAAUGUCAAAUGCAGAAUGUUAAGAGGAUGACACUCCUACGGGUGUCUUACUGGAGAAGAAUUCCACAGGCUUUCCAACACCUCCCACUUUGUUUAAUUGAUUAAUUCUGAAGCCUUCUGUUUCUGAUGUCUAAGGAAAAGUCUUUGAAACAUUCUUAUGUAUAAUACUGUCACUUGAAAUAAUGUCUAGCUGCUGUAAAUGUGCUGUGUUUCUGAUGGUACUCAUAAGGUUUUUGGAUCUCUACCAAAGCAAGGUAGGUGUAACCAAGAGAACAACUGGACUAGAACUUGAGUGCUUCCUUGAGAUCAGCAUUAUAAGACCUCUAUCUUGAUAUAAUGCUUUGGGAUUUUUUUUUCUCUAUAGCUUUGCCUUUUGAACACAUAUACCAUGUAUAUGUGAUCAAAUAUAUAAUGGUAUAUAAUCCACGUUCUGGAAGUGUCUAAAGCAAGAGGUCCAUGUUCAUAUGAAGUUCACUUGGGCGAACAUCAGCCAGGGCUGUUAUAGCUGUGUGAAAAAGCCAUCAGACAGCAAGGACACCCGAAUUCUGCACUACUGAACAUUGUGUAUUUUUGAAUGCUCAAAGAGGGUUACAGUAAUGCUUUUCCUAACACCUAGAGAUUUCUUGCACGGCACUGAAGAUGAUGUUAACGGAUAAAAAAAUAUUUUCUCUUUGUAAAUACAUGGGUUCUUUCUCUCUUUGUGAAGACCAAAGAAAAUAAUUGAUAAAUGAUAUUAAGAACCUAAUUUAGUCAUCCUUGCUCCUCGUCAGGGAGGUUUUACAGCCCAGCAGGUUUUCUAAGAAGAUGAAAACCCUUGGAAGCAGUGACAAUUAUGGCCCAUAAAAUUAUUGAUAUGUUAAAAUCAUGAAGAAAGAAAUCCAGAGCAUCCUGGUGGCUCUGGAGUGAGGCCAUAGCAGUUGAAAGUAUUGUCUAAGCAUUUUUUUUAACAAAUCUGUUUUUAAAAUGUGAUUGCCAAUGGGAAUAGAGUAUGUAGACAUCAAGCAUGAGAACAAUUUUAAAAGACCUAGCUGUGAAUGCACUGAAAAUAUUUCGCAUUGAUCAGUGAAUGAAAAAGUAGAAAAUUUAACAAACAGAAAAGGUGAUAGAGUUACAAACCUGUGUUUGUAAGCUUUGGACUGGCAUUAACUGUUACCUUGCGUUUGGCACAAUGCUAUUCUCAGUCUCCAUUAACAACUGGACACUGCCAAGUAAGUAUGGUGUUUUUGUAUUUCAAAAUCGGCUAAAAGAACCGGGAAAAUUUUUGUUGCUAUUUUGCUUUUGAUUGUAUGUUGAACUGUAAGGUGUACAGGUUGUGUAUUGAUAUAACAUUACUGUCACACUGCAUUAGAAAAAAAGUACCAAUUGAAUUAUAUAUCCUUCAGUAUAUAAUUCUGCAGAUUUUUAUGAGAAUGUAUAUAUGUGUAAUAUAAACAGGUUUACCAUGAAGGACAGUAAAUCAUUGGUCUAAUGCUGACCAAUUAAUGCACAGGGUUUUCUGCUCAGUUAUGUAUUUAAUAAAGCCUUCUUUCACCAGAAAAAAUCAGUUUUUGAGUUUUGUUUAGUAGAGAAUAAUUUUACUGGAUACCCUCCAGUGAACAGCCUUAGGGUGAGACUUUCAUUAUGAUUCAAGCAUUACUGAAAACAACUUAGUCCAGAUGCUUAAUGAAUUUACAAAUUCUUUAGAAAACAUUUUUGUUUUUGCUCUUCUGCAGAGGUUUCACUGUCAGAAUGCUUAUCCCGUUCCUUAAAUAACUCCCAUGCUUUUGAUUUAUGUUUUUUUCAAAUCCACUGACCUACUGUAUACUAACCAACGUAAAGUGAAGAUGGCUUUGGAGCUUAUUGAAUUCCAGCCAGGGGUUUGGAAUUUCAAUAUUAGGAAGUUACAGGGUUCUCUAGUUUCAGUCAAGCCAAGAUUUUAACUAUUUUAUUAACCCAGUCUUUGAUUUAGGAGCCUAUGGUCUUUAACCACUGAAAGUCACUGCCACAAUAGUGUUACUGUGGAUUAUGUUAUUGUACGGCUAAUAAAAGUGCCAAAUCACUACACUACAUUCAAAAUAAAAGAUACAAUUUGUUUAAACAAGACUUAAAAUUAAUCAGAAAUCAUACUCCAUGAAAAUAUACAUCUGAUAUCUGAAUAUAUACAUUGUUUUGUAUAAAUCUGCAUAUUUAAAAAUUCUAUACACUUGUACAUUUAGCACUGUAGCAUACACAAGGUACAUUAAAAGUAUUUAGCAUUGAAAGGAGUACUGUACUUUUUAAUAAUGCAUGAUUCUCAGUUAAUUCACUUUUGGAAUCUCAAUUUCUGUCUCAAUACCUGAGUGACCCAACUACUGAAGCAACUCCUGUCCUAAUGUAAUCCUUGUUCAAGUGUAGUAGUUACUUUGCUAAAGUUAAACAUCGGACACUUAACAGACCUUCACUUAGCCAUACUUACAUAGCAUGGAGUCUGUACUGCAUUUAUAGUAGGGAGAGAAGCGGUAUCUACAGUGCAACACAAAAUAAGAUCAGGAGACUGCUAUAAUAAGCACAUACACAGUAUGUAGAGUACCAUUUCAGAUUUUUAUUUCAACAGUCAACGUACAUCUAUGUUUAUUAAAAACAAGAACACACAUUUAGAAAAUGUAAAAACUGCACCAAACUGAAAGCAAACUAUUUCAGACAUCAUACAGACCUCCACAUUCCUUCAAAUGUACCAUCUUCAAGCUAUUAUUUUGUAGUUUUGUUUGCCAUAAUGUUACAUUAUGAUUAAAUGCUCAUUGAAAUUGA